AUGGAAGUGGUGGACGUGCAGAUGAUCAACAUCACGGAUUUGGGUGAGCCCGGGCCGUUACAAGCGCCGAUGUACCAGGUGCCCCAGGUGGUCAGCAUCAACCCCAACCAGGUGGUCAUGGAGCCAGUGCUGCCGAGCAGUAGUUACAGCACUGUGUGCUUCGAACCCACGGCACCGCCCGCGGUCAUCCCGGCUCCACAGGGCAUACCGGUCGCGGGCCCGCCGGCACCCAUGGUCCAGCAGCCCAUGAGGAGCACGGCCGCCCGGACGAGGUGCAACGUCUGCCAGCAGGAGGUCGUCACCGUGACCAAACCGGUGAACGGGAUCCUGGUCUGGAUCCUCUUCGCAGUGCUGCUGUUCUGCUUUCUGUGGCCCUUGUGUUUGAUUCCGUUCUGCAUUAAGGCGUGUAAGGACGUGGAGCACAGCUGCCCCAACUGCAGGAACGUCCUGUACGUCUAUAAGCGCAUGUGACGCAGGGACGACGCCGGAGACUCCAUCCUCA